AGUUGAAGUAUUUCUAAACGUUUUGUUUUUUAAGACUAAUUAAUAAUCUUUAAUAUAAAAUAAGUUUUAUUCAACAACUUGAAAUUCAAAAGAACUUAAUCAAUUUAUUAAAGAUGCAGGAUGCCAAUGAAGAUACAGAGUGGAAUGAUGUACUGCGUGCCAAAGGUAUAUUGCCACCCAAGCAGAAAGAGGCAGAAAUUACUGAGGAUCAAAUUCAAGCAAUGCUAGAUGAGACAAUUGCAAAUCGUACAAAUCUACAGAACGAAAAUGGACGUAGUAAGAAAAUUGAUGAUAUGAAUCUUGAUGAGUUGGAUGAAUUGGAAGAUUCAGAGGACGAAGCUGUACUAGAACAGUACAGACAACGUCGCAUUGCUGAAAUGCGCGCAUUUGCUGAGAAGGCCAAAUUUGGUUCAGUGCGUGAAAUUUCAGGACAAGACUAUGUAAGUGAAGUGACGAAGGCCGGUGAAGGUAUUUGGGUGGUGCUGCAUUUGUAUGCAAAUGGUGUACCCUUAUGUGCACUGAUACAUCACCAUAUGCAACAGUUGGCCAUACGUUUUCCGCAAACGAAAUUCCUGCGCUCCAUAGCAACCACCUGUAUACCAAAUUUUCCUGAGAAGAAUCUACCUACAAUAUUUGUUUACUUCGAGGGUGAAAUGAAAAAACAGUUUAUUGGUGCAUUCGAAUUGCGUGGUGAAAAAUUAACUGCAGAAGAAUUGGAAUAUAUGCUGGGACAAGUAGGUGCAGUACCAACAGACAUAAAAGAGGAUCCAAAACAGCAAAUAAAAGAUAAAUUACUUGCUGAUCUUGAAAGUCAAAGUGUCGAUUUUUACUAGUGCAGUUUUUUUUUACAAAUAUGCUAUUUUAUAUAUUAAAUUUUUAUUAUAAAUUA